GGGGUUAAUUUAAAGAUUAAACUUUAAUUCCGUUAAAAUGAGUGAAAUAUUUUAUCGAUAACAUACGUCAGAUUCAUGAAUGCAUACCGAUAUGUUUUAACCAGAAACAAACUGCACGUGUGAAGUAGCUACUUGAUCUUUAUAAAAAACGUAAGUUAUUGGAAAUUAACUUGUGUUUCAUUUAAAUAAAAUCAUUGUGAAAUGCCACGCUCAAAGAGAGACAAAAAGAUUUCGUUGACUAAAACGGAUCGAAAGGGACUGGCAUGGAAACAGAAAAUUAUUGAGGAUAUACGCCAUUGUGUUGAAAAAUAUCCAAAUAUUUUUGUUUUUCAAGUGCAGAAUAUGCGAAACAGUCUUCUAAAAGACCUUCGCCAGGAGUGGAAAUCAAAUUCUCGUUUUUUCUUUGGUAAAAACCGAAUUAUGCAAAUUGGUUUAGGACGCAGCAAAGCGGAGGAAGUAGAAGUGGACUUGCAUAAGCUCUCGAAGCGACUGACGGGACAGGUUGGUCUACUGUUCACAGAAAAAUCAAAGGAAGAGGUUUUAGAAUGGGCGCAAAACUAUUGGGCUAUUGAAUACGCACGUAGUGGUUUCAAAGCUACAGAAACUGUAGUACUUCCGGCAGGCCCUCUGGAAGAGUUCACACAUUCUAUAGAGCCACAUUUACGAUCCCUUGGAAUGCCAACGAAAUUGCAAAAAGGGGUUGUAACAUUGUAUAGCGACUACACAGUAUGUGAAGAAGGCAAGACUCUAACACCGGAACAGGCGCGCAUAUUGAAGUUAAUUGCUAAACCUAUGGCAAGAUUUCAACUAACCAUUAAGUGUUCUUGGACGAAAGACACUGGCUUUGAACUACACGUUGAAGAUAAUAUUAAUGAUGACGAUGAUAAAACGGACAGCGGGCAAGGCGAUGAGGUAGAAGACGAAGAAAUGGACCAAGAUGAUUCGGAUAACGAGGACGAAGAUGAUUAAUAGUUAAAUUGUAUUUUUAUUAUAGAUCUAAGGUAUAGUUUUAAAUAAGAUACAAAUUAAAAGUA